UACUCUUCACAAUAUAUCACAAUGGCGCCUCAACCCCAGGAAUCCUCCUCCCCCUCGUCCUCCUCCCUCCCGGGAAUGAAGCGCGGGAUAGGAAUCGGCGUAGUAGCAAGCCUCACCAUCAUCAUCAUUGCAAUCGUCACAUACCUAGCCUUACGCCGCCGACGCCUCCUCCGCGAAAAGAAAGCAAAAGAACUCGAAAACCCUACCUCCGACAUUGAACAACAACCGCUGCCUUUUAGCGAAGACCCAAACCAAGAAAAGAAACCAGCAUUUCAGUACUGGCGCCAGUUUCCAGCCGUCGAGGCAGAUGCGCGGAGUAUCCAUGAACUCGACGGUGCAGGGCCGAUGCCUGAAUUGCCUACCAAAGUCAAUGUGCAAGAGCUCGAGGCGAAUGCAGUGGAUAGCGGAGGGGUUGCGCCACGCUCGGCGGAGGAUGAGGAGGCGUUGAAGCGGAGCCAGAGCCAGAGCCAGGGAGUGGUUUUGAGGAAUUGGGCGAAAUGGACGAAAGCGUUAGGAUCUUCGGAGUCGGCGUCUUCUCCUACUGCAACAACGUCGAUACCACCGCUACCUACACAAGCACCGUCCAUACCACCCCCCCCACCAGAUUCAUCUUAUAAUCUAUAUGACACACCGAUAAUAGAAGAAACGCGGUCGCAAAACACUUUACCUCCGAGCGAAAACAUUGGGGAAGUUGACACGUCCUUGCAGCGACCGCAAUUGACCCUGAUGAACACCGAAAAGAAACCCCAAAAAGUGGGAAAGAAAGGCCGAUAUUAUUCGAUGGGCAGUGACGUUCUUUCCCCACUGAGUGCCAGCGAGGGACGUUCGUCUGUAGGCGUCAGCCCCCUGUCUGUGAGUCCGUUGAGUGAGGUAUACUUGCAGCAGCAGAGAUCGAGCUCAACGGGAAGACUGGUGUGA